UUUUUUUCCUCGGUUUCCAUUGACUCUUUUUUUUUUUACUUAUUUGGGUAAUGGUCCAAUUUUUUCCCUUGUUUCUUCUAUUCUUUCUUUUCUCUCGUUCCUAGCCUCCCUUUGCUCUAAUGGCUAUUGAACGCAACGGAUUAAAGUAUGCUUGUGCUGCCUGUAUACGAGGUCACCGUGUAAAAAGUUGUCAGCACCAUGAUCGAGAAUUGGUGCCACUUUCAAAACGAGGGAGACAAGUCAGUCAAUGUCAUCACUGUCGAGAUUUACGAGCAGUCAACGGCACUCAUGUGAAAUGUACUUGCGCCAUUGCCAGUGCGCCUAAUCCGAUCAACGGAUGUUCUUGUUCCAUUGUCCACUACUGCAAUUGUGUUGCAACUCAUUUGCGUGAUACACAGAUUAGUCGACCGAAACUUUCACACAAUUCGAAGGCGAGAAGUGUUCCUAAAAGUCCAUCGUCCGAUCAAGGGGAACAGUCAGAUCUUUUGACAUUUCUCACCAGAGACAUCGAUGACUUACUUUCUCCUCAGACCAUUCCCUUAAGCGCUCCCCCAUGUCAGUCACCGUCAUUCUCUUCGGCAUGACAUUUACCACUUGUUCCACCAACGAGCUGUGUGUUCUGAACGACUAUAAUCUAUGUAUUCCCGACGACAACGCUUCGACAUAUAGUUGCUGACAUUCCCCCUUUACCAUCAGAAUCCGUUGUCUCUAAAGAAAUUCAGUAAGCUUAAUCCAACCAUUGGCGGUUCCGUAACAUUUCCACAUCAUCAGUUGCUAUGUGAUAAUGCCAAGAGCGGAUACGUGUUAAUGCUACUUCGAAUAAAAAGAUCUUUGAAGCUCGUAACUAACUAUAAAUAGGGCUUCCUAUUGAUCACAUUUUGUAUCAGUUGUUUAACGGUUUUUGUGAGAU